GGGUUGAGCGGCAGGCAGGAGUUAGCUGCCCGUUAGCUCACCGCCGCUUCGAGAAAGUGGUUUUCUGUCAGCUCGCUGCCCACACGACGACAGGCAAACUUCUCCGACUUUGUGUCACUCCCCCUUCGUCUUCUGCUGGACUAAUGUUUCAUUUUUGGAUACAGCUGCUGAGUUUGUUUACAUCGCGAUGGCGCAUAUGCUCCUCCAGAAGCAGGGGAAACUAGCCGACUCCAGCUACCUGUGCUAACUUGGUGAGCAUUGAAACACACUCGCUCCUGAGAGAUCGCCUCGGACUAAAAACGAGAUGAGCAGUAUGGAAAUGUACUGUGACGGUACGUCUCUUUAUCUCGUUUCUCAGCUGUGAAUUGCUUCGCGAAGACAUUGUGAGUUCAGCGUUUGCAUCUGGACGGACGUAAGCCCAAUCUUGAACGAUGUCGAAAAUGGCAGGGAAGAAGAAAAGUUGUUUCCAGAUCACGAGUGUCACGCAGGCUCAGGUGGGUGCGAGCUGCGUCCCCGACGACACGGAGAGUCUGGACGAUCCGGACGAGUCCCGGACUGAGGACGUGUCAUCGGAAACGUUCGACGUGUGUCGGGUCGACCAGGGGGUGUGUGAUCGGAGCUCACCGGAGGAAGCCCUCAACAAUGGUGGCGAGUAUCAGGAGGGACAGCUGCCUUACACAGGACCUGUAAACGGAACUCUCUGUUAUAAAAGUGCACCUACUGGUUAUGUCACCCCACAUAAUGUAGGGGGAAGUGUUCCUGUUCCAAGCUCCAACACGGUCCCUGCAGCCUCUGUGGCUCCCACAGCUCCCAGCAAUAGUUGUAGUUCCCGGUUUAGAGUAAUUAAACUUGACCAUGGUACUGGAGAGCCCUUCAGACGGGGCAGGUGGACAUGUACUGAGUUCUAUGAGAAAGAUUCAGAUUCAAGUGUUAAUCGAACUGUGGACAGCAUAAAGCCGACUGUAACCCUCGAUCAAAGUAUAGACCGGGACAGUGGAUUAGGAGCCACUAUUAUGUCUGUAGUCAAUAACAGUGCGUUUUCUGCACAGGCUUUUGAAAUUUCCACUGAUAGUGGCUACUCGGUCUCUGUAGGACAUCCUACCCACUCCCACACUUCAGAUCCUUCACAGCAAGGGUACAUCUUUUCUCCUCAGAUUGGAAGUGGAGCAAGUGCCUUCCAGCCUAUCGGGUUCACAGCUGCAGCAUCACAGCAAACCAAACAGGCUCAGGUCAAUAUGCAGCCCGUUACUCCCCAAAACUUCUUCUCCAGCAGCCUCAAUGGUGUCCACCAAGGUGCCAUUAUUACCCCUGCCUCACAGUCCCAGCAGUUUGCUUAUUCUAAUCAUCCGACUGGCUUCUCCUCUGGUCACCCAGACUAUUAUCAGCAACACUUUGGGUUAAACAUAACAUCCUCAUCUGUGGGGUCUUCAGCCAGCCGGGUGUCCUCACCUCCAUUCACACCUGAUCCAGGAAUACAAGGGCUGGUCGGACAAGCAGGCCCAGCCCAGGGUCUUUUAAAACAACAAACUGGCAUGGCACCAGUCGGUAUCCUAUCCCCUGCCCUUCCAGGACUCACACAGCAGCAAUCUGUCAACCAGACUCAGCCUUCAGGAGGGUUAGGCAUUGCCGCUGCACCCUCAGCAACCACCACCUCCUCCUACAGUGGUGGCCAGAACGUGCCUGCCGCAGUGCCCAGUACAACCAACAUAACUCUGGGUGUGUCGAGUCAGGUGCCCAGCACAGGACACAUCCAGCUCCAAGGAGCUCAUGGGGGAAUCACAACAAGCCUUGGCCCUGACUUCAGUAACCAGGCAGAAGAUUGUAGGCAAAACUCUGAUGUCCUACCUCACCACAGUGCCAGUGCAGUAACUGGAAGUGACGGUGUAAAGUCUCCUGUUAGCGACGGUUUCAACCUGCCCACCCCCACUGUCACCAGCCUUUUUAACAUCCAGAUACCCCUGGACGAGGAUGAAGACAGUGCGUCUGGUGCCAGUGUUGUUGCCAUCGAUAACAAGAUCGAGCAGGCCAUGGACUUGGUGAAGAGCCACCUGAUGUACGCCGUUCGCGAGGAGGUGGAGGUGCUGAAGGAGCAGAUCAAAGAGUUGUACGAGAGGAACUCUGCGCUGGAGCGUGAGAACGCCGUGCUGAAGUCGCUGGCCAACACGGAGCAGCUCAGCCAGCUGUCCAGUCAGCUCAGCAGCUUAUCGGCGCCGCUGCAGCUGCACCAGUACUCGCUCGUCAAAAGCACGGCUCCCUCUCUGGUUCACCACGACGGGAGUCAGAGCGUCCCCUACCAGCCGAACAUCACCUCGGCAUGAACCCUUUGAAAUACUCUCAUUAACUUAACACCUCCCUCACACAGGUGAGGAAGUUCUGGUUCCACCGCCCCCCACAAAACCCCUCAUGCAACAAAAAAAAACGUGGCUCGGCUCAGUACGUUCCAUUUAAAUCCAAGUCUACAGCAACGUCUUUGUCAUUAUGAGCCAUGGCUCAGCUUCACAGGGCCGUCACCAUAUUAAGACAUUUACCAACCCUUAAGGUCUUAUUCUGGUCCUGUGUUUGGCUGCAGUGGGGGGGGAGGCGAAAAGGGGAGCAGGAGAAGAGGAGCUGCUGCACAUUGUAAAACUGAUUGUUCGUGUGCAGGAAGCGGCGUUCACCAGCACAACCAGCUUGAUUUGUUGGGACAGACUGGAGGAAGGCAAUGUUAAAACCUUGUGAAGGACCAUUGUGAUGAAGGUCCUGUCAAACCAUCCAGCAUGGACUGUCCUCCCAAGUGUCCACACCCCCACAUCACUCCACAGCUGGAGGAGGCCAGAGGAGCAAGUGGGACUCGGGAGGAGGGUGGAGGGAUACGUGCGGAGCGAGUCGAGCGCUUCGGCUCGUUGAAAUGCUGCAUUGCAAGCUUGUUGUUUUUUUUUUUUCUCAAAGCCACCGUACUUUGACAUGAAUCCGAAUAAAUUUUCAUUAGUUCAGUUUUAAGUAUUUUCAUUUAUUUAUUUCAGGGCUGCUAUUUUCAUAAUGUAAAUGUCAUGAAGUUACAUAUUAAAAGAAAAAAAAAACAAACGCCUUUUUCUUUGAGUUUUAUUUUUUGCUCUUUUUUUUAACUGUCAGGUAUAAAUUUCAUAUAUACACAUCUAUUUUGGCAACGUAGAUCUCAAAAAGUAGGCAAUAAGUGCAAACACUAAAGCUGAGCUUUUAUUCAGUGAAAUCCAGGUUGAAUGUAUAUUUUGUAAAGUAUUACGAGCGUGGAGGGAUUGCACAGGAGAGUGCCUGUUAGGAUAUGAAAUGUGACGGGUUGUUUCAGUAAAAAUGAAUUUUCUUUUUCUAGACUUUGUCAUAAAUGGAGAUGAAUUUUGAGGGGUUUGGUUUAGAGGUGGAAGAAAUGAAAAGCUGUGAAAAGUCUUCAACCUACUUUAUAACCAAAGACUAAAAAUGUGUUCUUUUUAUUAUUAUUAUUUUUAAAUGCACAUGUUUUCUACUGUCCAUCCCCGUUUAUGUUGUUCUGCAUGAUCUCUGAUUGGACCACUGUCUUACCUCGUGAUUUUUUUAAAAUCCAGCACUCUGAAUUUUUCUGUCGGGCUGUGAAUGAUUGUCGGAGGGUUUGUUUUUGGUCGGGGUGGAGGAGGUGUUUGACGCGAUAGAUGUGGAGGAAAAGAAUGGAGGGAAUAAAAAUGUAGUUUGAGGGAGGAGCCGUGUGCGUAAAAAAAAAAAAACCUGUCACAAAAGGAGCCAUUGUUAUUGUUCUCAUGUGAACGCCGUUAAAUCUGAUCUAUUAAACAUUUCACACUUUGACGCUGCAGCCCGGUCCAUUGUGUCUGAGCUUAUUAUGGGAUGUCCUGUCUGUGUCGCGUCUCUGUGCCUCCUGCAGUCGGCAGGCCGUUCGGCUUCUUCGUGGCUUAAAACCAAACCAAAAUGUUUAUUAAUUGUACAAUCAGACAUGUUUUUUUGUUUGUUUUCUGCUUUAUUUUUCUUCCAUUGAAGGAGAAGCCAUGUACUUGCCAAAUGUACUGAAUGAAAGUGAUCACUGAGCCUUGGAGAAAAUAAAUGUCCUUGUAAUGUGCUUUUCAGACAAUUUUAGUUCUCUUGUCAGAAAUAAAUAACCUUUUCAUUAUCA